AUGUCUGCCUCUACCUCCACCGCUAUCUCCACCUCCACCUGCACCUGCACCAUCGGAUCCUUCAACUUUGUAACCUUCAACCACUGUAUCAACGCUGAAUUCCCCGACACCGAACAUCACCGCUGGGGCAUCAACCCCUCCAACCGAGAGAUCCUCCCCUCCGUCCCCAUUGCUACAUUAGAGGACCUCGAUAAGGCCGUUACCGCCGCUCGCGCAGCCUUCAAGCUGUGGUCCAAAGUCUCGUGGGAAUUUUUGUUGUUGUUGUAUUUAUUUACGUCGGGCGGGUAG